AUGGAUCAUGUAAGCGAAGUUAUUUCAAGGGCAUUUCACGACUCUGAAAUCGCAAAACGUUUUUCCUGUAGAAGAACUAAAUCUGCCGCAAUUGCCUACAACGUCUUAGGUAAUAACUUCGAGGAAAAAAUGCUUGCAGAAUUACGACCAAUACCAGAAAAUGAAACUGAGAGAAGCCCAGUAUUUUCGCUCAUUAUCGACGAGAGCACAGAUGUCAGUACUACCAAGUCAAUAGAUCCAAGUUCAAGAAUGCAUUUCCUUCCUAUACAAAACAUGUACCUGGGCACAAACGUAGCAAUGACAUUGGAAUCAUUAAAAGAUGAUGUUCGAAUGAGAUCUAAAACUGAGGAAUUCCUUAACAGAUAUCAGUCAUUUUUGAUCGAGCUGAGUAACCAAUUUCUGCAAAGACUGCCUGUACAAGAUAAUUUUUUGCAGGAUUUGUCAUUCAUCCCCAAAGAGCAGUGUAUGGUGAAUUUCGAACUCUGA